CUCCCUUAAACCAUCACCACCACGUAUCAUGUCGCAGAAAGCCCUCGUCCUCGACAAGCAGUUUGGAGAUUUCGUGUUGACGACGAUCCCGAUUCCUAAACCACAGCCGGAAGAGGUUAUCGUCAAGGUUGAGGCUGCAGGCCUGAACCCCGUCGAUUGGAAGAUUCAGAAUUAUGGCGUUUUUGUUGAGGAAUAUCCUGCCGUGUUGGGAACUGAUAUCGCGGGAGAGAUAGUCGAGCUUGGAGAGAAGGUUACUACUGUUGCUAAAGGUGAUAAAGUUGUUCUUCAAGGAACGUAUAGGAAAGCAGACGAGAGUGCUGGCUUCCAGCAAUACGCCAGAGCCGAUGUGCACACCCUCGCCAAAAUUCCUUCGAACGUCACCGUCGUUGAGGCGGCUACUCUCCCUGUCGCCUUAACGUGCGCAUAUGUGGGACUGUACAACGUUGACCCGCACGGACUUGGAUUCGAACCGCCUCUGACUUCGGGUAGAGGGAAGUACAAGGAUGUUCCCAUCGUAGUGCUUGGAGGGGCCAGCUCUGUGGGCCAAUACGUCCUCCAGCUCGCUCGUGCUUCCGGCUUCAGCCCAAUCAUCACCACUGCAUCUCUCAAACACACCGACUUCCUCAAGUCUCUCGGGGCAACACACAUCCUCGACCGAUCGCUCUCAACAGAGGCAUUGCAAGCUGCAGUCAAGGAGAUCACUUCGACCCCCAUCACCACAGUUUACGACGCCAUCUCCUCCGCUGAGACCCAGAAGACGGGCCACGAGCUCCUGGCACCCGGUGGUCAACUUCUCGUCACCUUGCCACCCUCGGUGGAGGCGGCAAAGGAGAAGAAGGUUCUAGGCGUGCUGGGUGUGAAGCAACUCCCUCAUAACGUACAGCUAUUGCGCGAUCUAUACGCGAAGCUACCCGAGCUAUUGAAAGACGGUGUUAUCAAGCCGAAUCGAGCUGAGACGCUUCCGAAUGGGUUGAAUGGAAUUAAGGAUGGGUUGCAGAGGAUGAAGGAGGAUAAGGUGUCUGGGACGAAAUUGGUCGCACUUCCUCAGGAGACGUCGUAA